AUGGCAAUCUCUCUCUCAUCAGAUACCAAGGAGAACAUCAAUUCACUGCAGGAACCUCAAGAUCAGGCUGUCAGUACCAGGAAGAUUCCACGGAAUGCAAAGUGGCUUUCAGGAGAUGAUGCAACACUCCUUGACUCUCUCAAGACCUUUGCUGAUGGAAACUCAGCUGAUAAUGGCACCUUCAAGUCUGCAGUAUUUACAGCUGCUGCUAAGGCCCUCAAAGACAGCCACAAAACCAGUGGGGGUGCUCCAAAAACUUCAAAAAGUUGCUCACAUUGUUGGGCCACUCUGUCUGGAUUUGGAUGGGAUGAGACAAGAAAGAUUGUCAUUGCCAGUGACAAAGUGUGGGAUGAUUACCUCGAAGCUCAUUCCAAAGCCAAGGUUUGGUGUUCAACACCAUUUCCCCUCUAUGAUGACAUCAUUGUGCUCGUAGAUGGGUGUCAUGCCAUGGGUGAUGGGGCACUACACAUCAAUAGUGUUGAACAUGAGACGAGCCCUCCAUGGCCAAGCACACUUGUUCUUGAUGAUGAGGAUGAUGUCUUUGUAGGUGAGGAUGCAAUUCUUGGAGUAGCUGAUGCUCUCGAGUCUGUUGCUACAUCUUUCACUGCUCCUACUAAUUUUCUCAAUGAUGUUCCCAGUACUCUGAAACAUCAUCUUAAUGCCAUCCAGGCUGUUUGUACUGAUGCUUCCUUAUCUUCUGAUGAAUGUGCCAAGGUUGUUGCUCUAUUUACUAAGGAUGUAGCUAUUGCAGAUGCCUACACUGCCAUUUCAGAUGUCCCUCUCCGUUCUAUGUACAUUCAUCUUGAACUCAGAAAAAUGUAG